AACACGGAUGCACUAGCUGCCAACUGAGCCCUGCAUGGCUGAGGAUGUUUCAAGGUUUCCUGCUUUCUUCAGUGAGCUGGUUUCCUCCUUGGUGCCCUCUUUCUUUUUCCACCAGCAGUUUUACAGCAAAUCUGAGCUUCUGUCCUACUUGCUUUUGUGUGUUGCCAAAAUGCCGUUCAUUCCACAAGUUUCAAUCACACGCUCUGUGUCAGGGCUGACUGGAGAUGCAUCGUCUAGAAGCAGUAGAGCCACGACAAAAGUUGCAAGAGAAGGCAAAGGGAGUUCAGUCAAGGAGAGACUAGCUUUAAAUUUGAAACAACUGGGCAGAAAGAGUCAGCCAAAGACCACAGCCAGAAGAAUUUCUUCAGGGGAGCUGCAGACAAACAAAAGAGAUCGAUUGUUGCAGUCGUCUCAAACUGAUAGCCCUCUUACAUCAAGCUCAGGGAAGUCUCUUUCAAAGAUGGAGAAGCUCAACCUUGUGAACCAAAGCUCGAAAAAGAUUGAAUCGGUGGUAAAGACCAGAUCUAGGAAUAACGAGGAGGCGCAUUUUACUCUAACACUCACACCUGAAGCUGUUCUGCUGCUGCAGCGGAGAAACAGUGAGAGAUACCAUCGUUCUGCUGCCAGAAAUGCUGCAGGUGGUUUUGGUGCUUCUGGAAGCACCACCGAUUCUAGAAGACGGAGGCAGCAGUCAGUACCUCAGAGGAACAGCAGAGCAGCCGGUAAGAACAAUCCUGAUGCUCCACUGGGAGAUAUAAGCUCAAUUGUAAAAAUCUCCCUCCUUAAUGAGAAACACAAGUAUGACGAUGGGGAGUAUGAGGUCGUGGAGGACUUGGGCGUUGAUGAGCGGGUGGUGCUGAAGUGCACCGAAUGGCUACGUGGGUUGGAGAACACACCCGUAACUGUGGCAAAGACCUUAAACAGGACUGUGAGCAGUUUGAAAAGUUUCUAAAGGGGAAUUUAAAUAGAGGUCUUCAAAUCUACAAAUCAUCUCUGUGUUGAUAAAUGUCUGUUAAAUGUUUUUUUUUUUUUUUUUUUACUUUUUGCACAUAUGUAACAUAUUUAAUUUACCGGAUGCAAAAUUUUAUGUCUGUUUGAAAUUAACAUCCUGUGGCAGAGGUCAGCAACCUGUACAAUCCAAGAGAUAUUUUUGCUUUCAAACAAUAGAACAGUAAAAACAUUUGUACAGCCUCAGUAGACAUUAAAGUAUCAAAUUGUAAAAAUACAUGGCAUCUAAACAUACACAUAAUUACAUAAAUAAUUUUAAAAACUAUGUUUGACAGUAACAAGAAGGAAUUAAUUUACUUGAACCAUUGUUAUCUCUUCCUGUAAUAUAUCUCUAAUUAAAACAUUGAUCAUUUCUGGAUUUAUUUUGAUAAAGCUCUAAGGACCCUAAGAGAAGGCAAUGGUUGCUUACUUCUGUCCUAUUGGUUGCCUGGAAACUGGGCUGAAAUUAAGUUAUGACUUUAAAAUUGUAGCAGGUUCUUGGAAUAAAAGUUGUGGCUUAUUGAGGUAUGUUAUUGCAUUUAAUGCAGGUUUUUGACCUUAGCAGAAAUAUGGCAUUAUGACUAGAAAGGCCUUUUCCAUGGAAACCAAAUAAUUUGCUGUAAAUACUUGAUACCUUCUGUGUUUAUAUGAGCCAGUUACCACUACAAGCCACAGUUCUCUGAGAAAAUAAUCAGACAAAAUGUAUGUACAGUGUAGUUUGUAAUUAAUCAGGUCAUUUUUCUAUUUAUUUAGUUAUUUUGUUGUAAAGUGCUUUGUAAACAAAAUAAAA